AUGGCCACGACCGCGCUACCCCCGCCAGGCGAGUUGGAAGAGGCACCUAGUCCGAGCGCCGAGAGAAGUAGGAAGUCGUCGGCCGCUCUGCGGGAGCAGAUCGCCAAGGCGAGGGCAGCUGUAAAAAAGCCCAUUGCCAUGGAACCCGAGGUUGUUGAGGACGAGCCUUGUUCGCCAGUAACGGUUGUGCAUGAUGGCUUUGACUUUGGCCUUGAGCCUCUUGUCGACGAUCCCUUCAACCAAAACAGAUCGGACAAGUCUCAAGCCAAGGUCCUCCAGCAGCGCGCCGAAGCCGGCCGCACUAGCGGCAAUUGGGCCGAGAGCAUGGAUCUGACCCGGCUCGUUGCGGCCGAUAACGAGUUCGAGGUGAUUGAUGACGCGGCAUUUCCCGAUGUCGACCCGGAGGCUCUCGCCGAUAGCGAGGAAGGGGCCGGCAAUAUUUUUGGCGGCUUAGAAAUGAUUGACUUCCAUGGCAAUAAGCUAUGUGCCCUCCCUGCAGGCCUCCGGCGCCUAAGAAUGCUCACGUCAUUAAAUCUAGUCAUUGCGCAGAUUUCGGGGUUGCGCGACCUCAAGCUCGCCAACAACUGUCUGAGUGGAGCCCUUCCGUCAGCAUUCUUCGAGCUUGAACACUUGGAGACACUGGACCUACGCAGCAACAAAAUCACCGAGUUCCCCACCGACGUCGCCAAGCUAACGCGUCUGCGCAUCCUUAAUAUUGGCGACAAUGCUUUUGCGGCCCUGCCAGUUGAGGCCUUGGCUAAACUACCCUUGACGGAGCUCGUGGCCCGAAGCAACAAGCUCACCGGCACGCUCAUCGAUGCCGAUAGUCGUGCCCCCGGCAAUUCCAUCGCCCUCCCUGCGCUGCACCAGAUCACGCUCUCUAUGAACCGGUUGCAAGGACUACCCGAUGUGAGCUCCUGGACCAGCCUUGUUACACUCUCUGCCGAUGAGAACAGCAUCCCGGAAAUCCCCGACGGGUUCCCUAGGCUCGAGCGGCUCCGUCACGCCGACUUUUCGAGUAACGAUAUUCGCGUGAUCCCCCGAGGUCUCGCGCAUGGAUAA